GUAUAAUGGAAUGACAUGGCAGCAGAAGAAAGGCGUAGACGAUAAUGUCACGAUAUCACAUGGAUGAGGGAACUAUGUGCAGAAAUAGCCAAGGAAAGGAAAAGAAAGGGAAGAUCUGCAGAGAGAACAGGAGAUACAAAGGGUAGAAGAGUGGAGAAGGAGGAAAGAAGAAGAACUGCAUCGACAACACAAGACUGAGAUUGAGCGACAAGCAGAGAUUCGGGAUGCGCGACUGAUGGCGGCGAUGACCUCGCAGCUGAAGACACUGCAUGACAAGCUGAUUCGACAAAUGGAGGACGUGCGCGCGAAGGUGCAAACGAAGGACCAACAGAAAGAGGACGUUGGAACAUUGAGGAACGAAGUUAUGGAGCUCGAGAAGGAGCUGGCCAAGGAAGAUAGUCCAGAGAAGGAGAGAGACGAUCUUCAAAGGAAACUAGUGAACCUCAAAAAGAUGAAGGAGGAGCGGGAUCGUGCGCAUGUGAAGAAGAAAGUUGUGGAACAUGAGAUAGAGUGGGAGAUGGAGCAAACUCGGAGAGAACUCGAAGAGGAUGACCAAUUUGCACCAUCAUCAUCCGCACGGCCGCGAAGGAGACCGGGAUUUGGAACUCCGUCCACACCCGUGCGUCCGCGACAGCAGCAGCGAGUAAGACAACCAGAUCUGGGGAUCCGGAUCAAAGAACCAAGGACACCUCGAACACCACGAACUAGAGCACAGACGAGGAAGAACCUGUUGGCGGACACCGGGAUGCUUAUAUCAGGAUGGAAGGAGAUCAAGGACAAUGGAUCAAAGUCGAGUGUGGUGGACUUCUGCAUGAGCAUGCGAAGCUACCUACGGACGAGAUCCAUGGCGGAACUACAAUGCCUAUGUAAGGAAGAGCAAAUCGAGUACGUAGCACGAGAUAAAGAUAUCAAGGAACUGAUAGGCGGACGGAUGCAAGAGGCGAUCCUUCGCACUAGCACCAGGAACGAUAAGGAAGCGGAAGCGAGGAGUAGUCCGGAAAUAGACCCGGAUCUUGUUGAUAACUGACAGAUCGACCUCGACCGGGCUUCGGCUAUCUGAAACUCGCUAGUGAUAUACCGACAACAGUUCUCUAGCAAUAGUAACAUUUGUGGUAGUAUUGACGCAACACUCAGGUGCGUUAUCGUGAUCCUCACUUCAUCAGGAAAAAUCCCACGGUUGGAGAAGUUUCGUGAACUAUGGGAAGAUGAGAAAAUAGAGUGGGCGAAUCCUACGAGCUGCGUCUAUGCACUUGUCUGUACUAAAUGCCGAAAGAUCUAUAUUAUUGGACGAACUGGUAGAGAGCUUAAUAGUAGAUGGAAAGAGCAUGGGACAUGCAGUAGAGGGAAGGAGAGCAAGAGCCAACCACUCUAUAGAUGGCUCCGAAAAGU